AUGGGCGGGACGUGGCAAGCGCGGUCGAUGAAGCGGGCGAACUGCAGGACCAGGGUGGGUCUAGUGACAAGGAAGGGCCAAUGAGGCUCUAAAGACGACGGAGACCAAGUCCCCGGUUUCCCGGUCCGGUGGAAUUUGGAAGUCCCAAGGCCACAGCUAGAGGUUCGGAUUUUAGGAGCAGACGAGGAAAGCCACCACCGUGGGCAGCCCGGCUCUCGCCUCACCCCGCAGGCCCGGAAGCGGAAGUGACGGACACGGAAGUGGCCUACUGUUGCCGAGGGGACGGGCCGGGCAGAUGCCAACAUGGCAGCGGUCGGGGCUGGCGGUUCCACCGCGGCAGCCGGGCCAGGGGCGGUCUCCGUGGGGGCGUUGGAGCCUGGGACCGCGAGUGCGGAAUUGCUUCUCACCUGGGGAGAAAGAGAGUUGCGUGGCCAGGGCCUGCCCCAGCCAUUUCCUAACACCUUGGCAAGGAUUCCAGCUCACCGGCGCUUCAAGUACAUAUCUCUAGCUGUGCUGGUGGUCCAGAAUGCUUCCCUCAUCCUCAGCAUCCGAUACGCCCGUACACUGCCCGGGGACCGCUUCUUUGCCACCACUGCUGUGGUCAUGGCUGAAGUGCUCAAAGGUCUCACCUGCCUGCUGCUGCUCUUCGCACAGAAGAGGGGUAACGUGAAACACCUGGUCCUUUUCCUCCACGAGGCUGUCCUGGUGCAAUAUGUGGACACGCUCAAGCUUGCUGUGCCCUCUCUCAUCUACACCUUGCAGAAUAACCUCCAGUAUGUUGCCAUCUCCAACCUGCCUGCUGCCACUUUCCAGGUGACGUACCAGCUGAAGAUCCUGACCACAGCACUGUUCUCCGUGCUCAUGCUGAACCGCAGCCUUUCCCGGCUGCAGUGGGCCUCCCUGCUGCUCCUCUUCACUGGCGUCGCCAUUGUCCAGGCACAGCAAGCUGGUGGGGGAGGCCCACGGCCACUGGAUCAGAAUCCUGGGGCGGGCCUGGCAGCUGUUGUGGCCUCCUGUCUCUCCUCUGGCUUCGCAGGUGUCUACUUUGAGAAGAUCCUCAAAGGCAGCUCAGGCUCUGUGUGGCUGCGCAACCUGCAGCUGGGCCUCUUUGGCACAGCGCUAGGCCUGGUGGGGCUCUGGUGGGCUGAGGGCACCGCCGUGGCCCGCCGUGGCUUCUUUUUUGGGUACACGCCUGCCGUCUGGGGUGUGGUGCUCAACCAGGCCUUUGGUGGGCUACUGGUGGCUGUUGUUGUCAAGUAUGCUGACAACAUCCUCAAGGGCUUUGCCACCUCCCUGUCCAUUGUACUGUCCACUGCUGCCUCCAUUCGCCUCUUUGGCUUCCAUGUGGACCCAUUAUUUGCCCUUGGCGCUGGGCUCGUCAUUGGUGCCGUCUACCUCUACAGCCUUCCCCGAGGUGCAGCCAAAGCCAUAGCUUCCACCUCUGCCUCCACCUCUGGGCCCUGCAUUCACCAGCAGCCUCCGGGGCAGCCACCACCAUCGCAGCUGUCUUCCCACCGUGGCGACCUCAUCACGGAGCCCUUUCUGCCAAAGUCAGUGCUGGUGAAGUGAGGGCUGGCGGCGGUGGGGGGAGACAGGGAGGAGGGAGACUGGAGUGGAGGGUGUUGGGCAUCUGCAGGACCUAAGUCACCGCCCGCCAGGGCCUGGCUCCUCCAGGGUUGGAAGACAGUCUUCUAGGUUAUAGAAACUUCUAGAGGGGUGUGGGACUAGGACUGGGUGGCACACAAGCCCUUCCUGGUAGGUUGACCAGCCCUCUCCCCUGGAGGGGGUUUUUAGAGCUGCCUCCUUUGCCCCAGUCUAACCUCUCUGGGGUCAGGGUUGGGGGUAUUGUCAUUCAAGGCCUUUUUUUGUCUGCACCCUCCCCCUCCUCCCACUGUCUCCUGUAUCAUGCCUGGGAGAGUCCCUCCCAGCAGUCCCUCCACCUUUGAAAGGACAAACUGGACAAAAAUCCUGCAGCUCUUCUGUAAUGAUAAAUGCCUACCUGUGGGGUUCAGCUUCCUAUAGUUUGAGGCCUUCUCUCCUCCCUCACCACCACGCUGGAUCAUGUUAGCAGCCCCGGUCUUUGUGUGGCCUUGGGGCAGCUUCUCUGACACCGAGACCUUUGAAGAUGGGCCUCUUGUGAAUGCCCAGGGAGAAAGGGGCAAAGCUGAGAUUUUUGCAUCAGCUGGUCCAGGGGAAUGUACAGUAGGGGCCAUUUAUUUUUUUAGUGGAUUUGGGAUUCGUGGUGUAAUCAGAUCAUUAAUGAUCAAGGAUGCGGGAAGAGUGGGGAGGGGAGGUCCUUAAAGUGGCUGAAUCUCAUUAAACUUAAGACACUGUCAGUUGCUGGAUGCAGGGUUAUUUUCUGAGACAUCCAGAGAGGACAAAUAAAGCUGCCAAUUACACUCUUGAUACCCAAUUGGCUGUGUGAAGCCUCCUUUUUGGGGAGAGUGUCUUAGAAUUGAUGAAAUGUAGAACCUGCCCCCUGCGCUCCCCAAAGCUUAUUAACCCCUUAACUGUAUCCCGGGGCGGGGUGUGUGUGUGUGUGCAUGGAAGAUGCCUGGGCUGUCUUUGCUAUAUGUAAAUAGGGCCAUUGGAUCUUUAUUUUUGAUUAGUUUUGAUUUUUUGGUUUGUUUUCUAAGGAACUGUAAUGAACAAAUGUCAGGAUACCCAAUGCCAAAUAAAGAUGUUGUAUUUAUUUA